UCCCUCGCAGCUCUCGACACACACAAUCAUUGUUCAUUCUUCUUCCUCAUUUCCUUUCGUCUCCAUUCAAGUGAUACUCAAAUAUAUCCUCCACUUGGAAGACCUUGCAUACAGGCAGGGAAAGUAAGUAAGGUCAGGUGCAAGUGCAAGUGCAAGUGGGUGUCUUGUUCGAUCGACAUCAUGGCAAACACCACGGCCAACGCUCGCGAGAUCCGGCGCUUGCAGCGUGCUGAUGGACCCGCGGCCGUGCUGGCCAUCGGCACGGCGAACCCACAACACCGCUUCUGCCAGGACGAGUAUCCCGACUACUACUUCCGCGCCACCAACAGCGAGCACCUCGCGGACCAGCAGAAGCCCAUACUCAAGAUGAUUUGCACGCUAACGGGGAUCGAGACGCGUUUCGCUCAGAACUUGGACAAGAUGCUGAGCGCCCACCCCGAGUUUAUCGACCACGCGACGCCGUCCCUCGAACAACGCCUCGCUAUCGUCGCCGUGGUCGCUCCGGAGCUCCUCGCGGCAGCCGCGACCAAGGCCAUCGCCAACUGGGGGCGUCCAGCCACGGACAUCACCCACCUCGUCGUCGUCACCAACUCUGGAGCCGGGGCCCCGAGCAUCGACGUCCCCUUGGCCACUCUUAUGGGCCUCCGCCACAACGUGCGCCGCACGGUUCUCCAGCUCAACGGCUGCUUCGCCGGCAGCGCCGCACUGCGGCUGGCAAAGGACCUUGCCGAGAACAACCGCGGCGCGCGCGUCCUCGUGGCCUGCGUCGAGCUCAUGAGCGUCGCCGGCUUCCGUGGACCCACUCAAGGGGAAGACUGCGUGAACAACCUCAUCAGGAACGCAGUGUUCGGCGACGGGGCGGGCGCGGUGAUCGUCGGCGCCGACACCGUGGAGCCCGUCGAGCGCCCGCUCUUCGAGAUGGUGUCCGCCUCACAGACCGUCAUACCGGACACCUUGCAAGUGGUGACGGCGGAGAUCAGGACUUGCGGCCUUGAUGGAAAUGUUUCCACCAAGCUGCCGAAUCUGGUGGCGGACAACAUCAAGCAGUGCCUACUUGACGCGUUCGGCCCACUUGGCAUGGAGGUCAAUUGGAAUGACCUCUUCUGGGCAGUGCACCCUGGUGCUAUGGCGAUCUUGGACAAGAUUGAGAGGGUUCUCCAGUUGGAGCCCGGGAAGCUGGCGGCGAGCCGGACUGUUGCACGAGAAUAUGGGAACAUGCUUAGCACCACCAUCAUCUUCGUGCUCGAUGAGCAACGGCGCCGAAUGGAGGAGGAAGGAGAGUGGGCUCAGUGGGGGGCCAUGGUGGCGUUUGGACCUGGUUUUACGAUGGAGACAAUGGUGCUUCAGGCUACCAGCAACCUCAAGAAAAAAUAGCACUUCAUUGUGCUAGAGGCCUACGAGCAUUAUUGAUGUUCGUCUCCGUAUCUAUCGUUCAAAUUCGAUGAGAUGUUUCUUUUUCUUUCUUUUUCAGUUGGAAGAUGAGAUGCUUCAUAAAGGAAGUAACUAUCUACCAAAAUAUAUGUGAUUAUUAAGCACGUGGAUACAGUCUUUUCAGAAUGCUAAUAACGUUGAUAAAUAUCACACGUGUAAGAUACAAGCAACAUUUGUAUGAAUACAAGUUUAUCUUUUCAGA